GGUAUUACUGUCCUGCUGGCCUUGUCCGUGUUCAUGAGUAUUGUCAGUGGGAUGUUACCAAGGUCAUCCACCAUGCCCAAGGUCACCAUCUACCUCUUCAUUUUAUUCAUCAUCUCCGUGCUGACGGUUAUCGACAGUAUCUUCAUCGUUUUUCUCUACCACAUGGAAGAGGUCAGAUAGUAGAUACUACGUCCUUGACCUUGUUUACACGCAAAACACAAUUCAAUCUUUAUUAAAUUUAAAAAAUAUGUUUUUUGGAUAAAGUUUGUAAAUAUCCUAACAAAGAUAGAAUAGUGAAAUUGUUUGAGAAUAAAAUUAUUUGUUUCACUUUCAGAAAGAAGAUAAACACCGAAAGGCCCAAGAAAACUACAAGAGAGCGUUCAGCAAGGUGAGGCUACUCCGUAGAGUGGUGGCUACCCGGAAAACGAGCACGAACAUUGGGGAGAGCAAUGGCGAUAAACCCGUUCCCAUAGCAACCGUAGAGUCCAAGGAAGAGGAAGUGCCUCCAUAUUCCCCCGACACGAGCAGUGACGCUGAAAGAAAAGGCGGCAGGAGAAUCAACAAGUACAGGCUGAUAGGGAAAUAUAUCGACCUGGUGUCUUUUGUCUGCUUCUUCCUGGUAUGGUUUGGAGUGACCCUGGGGUUCAUGUUUGACCUGGCGUUGUAA